AUGGCCAGCUCGGAAGGACUCAAGGUCGCACUCCACCCGCUCGCCAUCCUCCAGCAGAGCGACCACUGGACCCGCGUCUCCCUCCAGUCCCGCGGCACCGCAACCCGCGUCACCGGCGCCCUCCUCGGCACCCAGUCGGGCCGCGACGUCGAGAUCUUCAACUCGUUCGAGCUCGUCGUCAACACAGACCCGGACUCGGGCAAGCUCCAGCUCGACCACGCCUACUUUGACACGCGCCGCGACCAGUUCAAGCAGGUGUUCCCGACCCUCGACUUUCUCGGGUGGUAUAGCGUCGGCCACGCUCCCUCGCCCGACGACACGGCCCUCCACAAGCAGUUCUUCGUCUACAACGAGUCGCCCCUCUUCCUCCAGUUCUCGCCCCCGUCCUCGUCCACCUCGUCCUCGUCGUCGCCCGCGUCCAAGGACCUCCCCGUCGCCAUCUACGAGUCGGUGAUCGAGCUCGUCGACGACGCGCCCGAGCCCGUCUUUGUCCCCUGCGCGUACGAAAUCGUGACGGGCGAGGCCGAGCGCGUCGCGGUCGAGGGCGUCAGCAGGCCUGAGGAGGGGACCGAGGGCGGCGCGGGGGGCAGCUUGAUCCUCACCCUCACGACCCAGCGCGCGGCCCUCGCCAUGCUCGCCGACCGCAUCGCCGUCGUCGUGCGCUACCUCGAGGCCGUUACGCGCGGCGAGGCGCGCGCCGACAACGAGACGAUGAGGGGGAUCGCGGCCCUGCUCGGGAGCUUGCUUGCGAGCGGCGAGGGCGAGGGGGAGCGCGCGGGCGAGGGAGCGGGAGCGGGAGCGGGAGAGGGAGAGGGGCGCAGGGGCGAGGGCGAGGUGAGGAAGGAGGGCCUCAGGGGCGAGUUCAUGACGGAGUACAACGACGUCCUCCUCACGACCUACCUCGCGACCCUUACCAAGCAGCUCCAGACGGCCAACAAUCUCCUCGACAAGCAGCUCCUCGUCGUCCAGUCGUCGAGCAACACCAACACCACCGGCGGCGACCCCCGCGCUGGUGGUGGCGGCAAGGACGGCGGCGGCAACUCGCGCGACCCGUUCGGGUUCGGGUUCGGCGGCGCCGGCGGCGGUGGGCGCUCGGCGCGCAGGAGCGGGAGGCACGUCGAGUCGUUUGCCUGAGUCGAGUCGGCGCCGUCGACACGUCCGCUUUUGUCCCCCCUCCCGUAUUGUCCCCCCUCCUCGACUCGUUCCUUUGCACGGACCUUGUUCUUUGUACCUAGUCUGCCUGCCUCCCUUCGCACCCUCGCCUCGCACCCACUCGUCGUUCCUCGCUUUCGUCGCCCCUCUCUCUCUCUCUGCACCCCUCUCCUCGUUCUGUACCCCUUCCCUCCCUCGCCUUGAAUUCCCC